AUGAGCCUCACGCGAUCCGCCAGCAUACCUCCUUCAGAGCCUUCCAGCCUCGACGGCCUAACCGCGCAAGACAUUCACAAAGCCCACUUCUUGCAAAGCCAAGUCCUCCUCUACCAAAUACUGCACGAACACGGCUCCCGCUUCAACGAAGCGAACGACCUGGCGAACCACAUUUCCGACAUCGUGGGCGAAGCGGCAUGGAACCAUACCGAGGAUCUCAUCGCCGACUUACUCGAUGGCCUACGAUUGGAUGAGAACUAUGACCGAGUAGCAGUGUGCGAUAAAGUCUUCAGAAGAGCAGCCGCGUAUACGACUGAUCCGAAGUGUGCGACGCGGCUGCAGCGACCGUUGGAGAGAUUGGGGAGGUUCUUUUGGGGGCAGUAUAUUGAAGCCACGAGAGCUGCAGCAAAGGCGGCUGGUGAUCCUCCUUUGUCAAUCCCUCAAUAUAAGCCGUUGUCGAGGGAGACUGCUAAAUCCUACCGCCCACCUCCGUCGAAUGGAUGCGAUGGAGGUCACGACGGACAGCAUAGCGACUCCACGCGAAAGUUUCGCGAGGGCCGAAGCCUGGGUCGAUUUCGGAUCUUUCUGAUCCGUGUGCUUCUUGGGGAGGGAUGGGAGUUAAACCGGUGCUCUGAUAUUACGAGAGCGAAGCAGAGCGCUGGUGAGAUGCCUGCUUUCUGA